GGGAGAUCUCUCCAUGGCAUUAUGGAUACGAGGAUGAUUAUAGCGACCAAUAACUCUUUCAACGUACAUAUGGCGUGUUGUAUUUGAGACAGACUUGAACCUAUCUCUUAAUCUCUUGAAUUUGCUCCAGAACUCAGAACGCACUGCCAAAUCCACGGCUACUUCCACAAGCACUGAUAAAUGUGUCCAACCAUGUGGGAAACCUCCAGUUCAGAGUCUGGGAGAAGAUGUUAAGCAUUGUAAAACACACCCCUGUGGUUCUGGACCCCAACACUGCAUCUCCAUGGCUCUCUCUGUCUGAAGAUCUGACCAUGGUGACACUCACAGACACCUGGCAGCAGCUUCCUGGAAACCCAGAGCGCAACACCACUUAUCCACAGGUCCUGGGCUGUGAGGGCUUUGACUCAGGAAAACACUCCUGGGAGGUGGAGGUAGGAAAUCAACCCGGAUGGAUACUGGGAGUCGCUGAAGAGGCCCAAGACAGGAAGAAGGAGAUGUGGUCGACUCCACAAAAUGGACGCUAUACUAUUACGAAAAGCAACAGAGGGUAUACAGAUGUCAAGAGCAAUUUACUACUGGAGAGACCCAACAGGAUCAGAAUAGAGCUAGACUACGAAAACGGCACAGUGUCAUUCCAUGACGCUGAUAACAACACAUCCAUGCUGACCUAUGAGGAGAGAUUUACUCAGAAGCUGUAUCCAUAUUUUGCUUUUGUUGAAACUAAUGAUAAUGAGGGUUAUGACGAUGGUGAGGAGAUACAAAUCAAUAAAGGGGAAGCAAAUAGCAGUGGAGGCCAGAUAGAGAUCUGUGAGUCAGAGGUUUCUCUCACAGUGACAUAUUUGCAGAAAAUGGCUGCUUCAGAUUCAGUAACAUAG